AAUUUUUGCGUACAUACUAAAUGGAUGGCCCCCUAUUGGGGCCUUGUGUCCCACAUGUCGCCCUAUGGAAGGGUCGGUAGUGGUGGUGGUGGCGGCGGCGAUGUUGAUGAUGACAUUGGCAAGCCAAGUAGGGAUGUGGAACGCGUUUGAGAGUUAACAGCCACCGCGGAGACGGAGCGAUCAAUCGAUCAAUUCGGCUCGUGUGUGUGCACCGACGAGGUGAUAACGAGAGAGGUGGCGGUGAUUUUGGAGCAGGCCUUCCAUCCAGCAGCGGAUGGACCCACGGCCACACGUGUUGUGAAAUUAUGCUAACCCGUGAAUGAGCCUGCGGCGUUGCAUGUCAUGUCAUUGUUUGUGUUGGAAGAUUAUGGAUAAUACAUUUGUGUUGUGGUCAUGCACCGUGUUGUCGAACUAAUGGGUAUUUCCUUGCAGUGCUGUGUGUCCGAGGCGACUGUCGGCAAGUGAUGGACGAGAAGACAGCUGUAAUUGAACUCGUGUUACAUUAAGCUAGUGGCGCAACAUGUAAAUACACAAGGCGCUGUUGAACCAGAGAUAAUACGCGAGAAUAGGUACAUGAUUGUAGCGAUGACCAUAGCGGACACUGGGAAAUAGGUGUACGAGACCCUAUGUUUCAUCAGAUGCUGUGUGUUCAAAUGUACGUAUAAUUGCAUUGCUGCGUCAGCAUAUGAUGGGUGAGAAGAGAGGUAGGUUUAAGAUGGUAAGAACAAACAGUAAUGCAUCUACAACCCUUUCGUCCAUCCACGGCUGAAAAAGGAACGUGACCCUGUUGUUUAAGCAGGUGCGGUGUUACAAUCUAAAUCUAAUGCACCACUGUCCGAUGGGAUGCAGGAUUAGUAUAUAAGUAAGUCUCUAGUACUGCUUCUAUAGCAUAUGAUGGGCGAGAAAAUAGGUAGGUCUCAGGCACUCUUGACACACAAGAUGAGAAUAAAUGUGUGAGGCCCUAAUGCUUCAUUAUAUGCUGUUUUAGACUCAAGUGUAAUUAGAUUAGAAAUGUAAGGCACUCUGGGUACUGAUUUCCCAGAAUAAGCUGUAAUUAUAGCCCAAACCACAGCUCCGUUCUUUUUUAGUUUCAACUUCUCAUGUUGAAUUUCAUACACGAGUAUUGCGUGCAAUUCGGAAAAUUUCAGAUUCGAUUCUUUAAUUUGCUGGAUUGUGAACGUUUUCUGGUCAAACAACCCACGUGAUCUGCACGUCGAGGAGAGGCCUUCAUCACUAAGGGGAGUCCGUGACUUGUUCUUACAAACAAGGCACAUGGAGUCCAAAAAGUGUUCUUUUUUACAGCCCUUUGUACAAUUCACUGCUAUAUGAAGACUCCCCCCCCCGCCACACGGUGUUGGUCAUGGGAUUAAGAAAAAUCAUAUUUCGCCACAAUGGUCAAUGUGCAUUUGUAACCACGUGCCGAGGACCUGUUCAGAUAUCACUAUUGACAUUAGCCCUGGCUGGGAAUCAAACUCGGGUGUCGAGGUUCGUUGUGCAAUGCGCUCACGAGUGUGCCACUGCUCCACCCCUUUGGUGAAAUGAGGGUUGUCAACUUUGAGAUACAAAAAAAUAAUACAUUGGAAGAAGACUAUUUCACAAUACCGGAAGAGGGAAGAACGACAUGUAAAUGCAUUGCCUUGAGCGGUGAAUCAUUAUGAAACUGACAAAUUGAGACUGUUAAUAUAUCCGGAAUACAUGCAGACUGUCAGGAUAACCUCUAAAUGAGGACAUCCUAGGAAAACUAGAACAGGUAACAACGCUGGUUGAAACUUUGUUUUGUAUUGUCAUAAAGAUUUGAAAAACAAACCAUGUGAUAAUGCAUGUUUUUGAUAAUACGGCAGACCAUUGGCGCCAAAAGCCAUGCCGGUUUUUCCAGAUUUCCCAUACAAGGAGUGGCUAACACAGUAGAAUGUUUGCAGUUCAAUGGUUCCUUUACAGUUCACGUAGACCGUACACACAGGGUGUGUCAACUGCGUUCAUCCAUAUAAAGGAACAUAUGCUUUAGGCAAAAUGGGUUUUCACUGGCAAAAUGGGUUUUCACUGGCAAGAUGAGAGAUUGUUUUUAUUUCUUUAUUGCCAUCAAUUUGCCAGGAACCAAAUUACCGGGGAAUGCACCCAAUCUCAUGGGAACUCAGAAGCUUAGCACUAUUCAACCUGAAAUACUCUUGGAUGGGUGACUUCCAUACACAAAUAGGUUGUCAUCAGGCUUGUGGAGCUAUGUGGUGGGCAUUAGAGAGUAGUGCCAACCAAUCCAUAGAAUGUUUACAAUGUGUUCUGACAUCUAUGCUGCUUACCUUCAACAUCCCAAAUAAUCCUCAUGGCCGGCAGAGCCAUGGGGAGGCCCUCAUCUAGCAGUGUAUUCACAAAAGGGCUGUACCACACUUGAUAUGGGAGUCGUAUCACAAAGUGAAGUGAUGUCCUUUCAGAAUUCAAAGUCCGUAAAGUGUCGUGUUAUAAUGACAUGGAAUUAUCACGGAAGGUGUUGGCAAAUAAUUAGUUCUGCAGUCCCUUCAGGAGGCUGCUAAAAAAAUAACGUGGUGAUCUUUCAAAUCUUCGACUUCCAUUAAGAGUAGCAUCAUGGUGUCUUUAAAUAAGGUUUAUUACCUUGGUAAAAAAAAGACCUUGUAUUUCAAGUGAGGGAUUAAUGGUAACGUGUGUGGUAAGUGAAGUGGCAGGAGCGGUCUCUUAGGGACCAUCUCCAAGCUUUCGUUGCACAUGUUUUGUGGCCUGUGCCGGGAAUUUUGAAUGCUCAUAGUUAUAAAGAAGGAUCCCGUGAAUAGUGGCGUCGUUGAAGAAACAGUGCUAUGUAUUGACAGUGGGCGUGCAUGUUGGUAUUUUUCCGGCAGACAUUUCUGGACAGCGGUGGAAAUCGAACCUUUGGCUUAGUGGCGAGCAAACGCAGUUCACUACGGGAUAAUCAACCAAGCCUACUUAACAGUGGAUGGCUGCUGCCCGGCCACGAGGUAAAAGGAAAGCUGUUGUGUUGGAGAUGAUCACUGCAAACUCCAUGGUGCGGAGUUCAGGACGGCAGAUAAAAAAGAAGGUGCCAGGAGGACUGGAACCCGAGGAGGAUGACGAGAAACGCUACCGCAAGUGCGAGAAGGUCGGCUGCAUGGUCACCGUGCCGGUGUGCUUCGUGAGCGCAAGCGAGCGGUGUGCGAAGAACGGUUACACGUCACGCUGGUACCACCUGUCAUGCGGGGAGCAUUUCUGCAACGAGUGCUUUGACCACCACUACCGCAGUCACAAGGAUGGCUACGAGCGCUACGCGAGCUGGAAGCGAGUGUGGACCAUGAAUGGGAAGAGCGAACCAAGCAUCAAGGCCUUCAUGGCUGAUCAGCAGCUUCCCUACUGGGUGCAGUGCACUAAGCCGGGCUGUGGCAAGUGGAGGCAGCUCACACGAGAGGUGAUGCUUACGACCGAGCUCGCCCAGACGUACUGCUGCGGCAUGAAAGUAAAUUCCGCUGUUAAGAAUGAAGGUUUUGAUCCAUGCGCCCCGCCAGAAGACUCGAGGGUGGUCGAGGUGAGCGAACCGCGCUGGUUUGCAAUGCUGCUGCUGCCCCCGCUGUUGAAGGACAGCCCCGCCGCUCCCUUCCUCUCAGCCUACUACCUGGACUGCGUAGGCAUGAGCCCGGCGUGCGCCGGCACGGAGCGCUCGGUGCCACGAUUUACCAGCCUCGAGAACUACUCGCACACCGUGCCACACACCACAGUGCCUGGCCUGAACCCAUACUUCCAGCCCUUCUACCAGCCCAACGAGAGCGGCAAGGCCCUGUGCGUGCGGCCAGAUGUCAUGGAGCUGGAUGAGCUGUACGAGUUCCCCGAGUUCUCACGCGACCCCACCAUGUACCUGGCACUGCGCAACCUCAUCCUGGCGCUUUGGAACAUGAACUGCAAGGAGUUCCUGACGGUGCAGAAGUGCAUGCAGCACCUACUGGUACGGGGCCUGAUUCGUGUGCGCUGCAUGCAGGAGCUGGAGGGCAUCCUUCACUUCGCCAUGCGCAAGGGCCUCAUCAACACGGGGUUGCUCUCUGCACACCCGGGACGCCCGCUCUUACCGUUACACUACCGCAAGAAUUCCGUGGUGGUUAUAGGAGCCGGUCCGGCAGGCCUUGCCGCUGCUCGGCAGCUUCAUAACUUCGGCCUCAAGGUGAUUGUGCUUGAGGCCCGAGAGAGGAUAGGGGGGCGCGUGUGGGACGACCGCUCGCUGGGGGGCACUACCGUCGGACGGGGGGCCCAGAUUGUCAACGGCUGUGUCAAUAACCCGAUCAGCCUCAUGUGUGAACAGCUGGGCAUUCGCAUGCACGUUCUGGGCGAGGCGUGCGAGCUGCUGGACGAGAGCGGCCGCGUCACCGACCCAGCGCUGGACAAGCGCAUGGACUUCCACUUUAACGCUCUCCUCGACAUCAUCGCACAGUGGCGCACCACCACGGAGCCCGCUCACGACGUCUCGCUGGGAGAAAAGAUGGAGGAGCUGACUCACGCGUUCCGCAAGGAGUCGGGGCUCUCGUUUGGGGAGCUCGAAGAGAAGCUGCUGCAGUUCCACCUGGCUAACCUGGAGUACGCAUGCGGAGCCAACCUACGCCAGGUAUCCGCACGCUCUUGGGACCAUAAUGAGUUCUUUGCUCAGUUUGCCGGAGACCACACCCUGUUGACGGCCGGGUACUCUACCAUCCUACACCGCUUGGCCGAGGGCCUGGACGUUCGGCUACACACCCCAGUAAAACGAGUGGACUACUCGGGGGAAUGUGUGAAGGUGCAUACAGCUACAGGGAUGACCUACAUUGCUGAUAAGGUACUGGUGACAAUCCCACUGGCGCUCAUGCAGCUGGGAGUGCUGGAGUUUUGUCCUCCACUUCCUGAGCGCAAGAUCAAGGCCCUGCAGAGUCUGGGCGCCGGUCUCAUCGAGAAGAUCGGGCUGCAGUUCCCGUUCCGUUUCUGGGAGCACAAGAUCCGCGGAGCCGACUAUUUUGGACACCUUCCACCGAGCCAUGACCGCAGGGGUCUCUUUGGGGUCUUCUACGACAUGGAUCCCAAGGGAGAACAGUGCGUGCUCAUGUCCGUUGUGAGUGGUGACUCAGUAGCGCUGAUCCGUGACCUCAGCGACUCCCAGGUGGUGUCUCAGUCCAUGCAGGCACUGCGGGCCAUCUUUCCUGAGCAGAACGUGCCCGACCCCCUGCGUUGGUUCGUAACGCGGUGGGGUUCUGACCCCUGGGCCCUCAUGGCCUACAGCUACGUACGGCCUGGCGGCACUGGUGAAGCCUAUGAUGUGCUGGCCCAGGACCUCAAUGGCAAGCUCUUCUUCGCUGGUGAGGCAACAAACAGGCACUUCCCACAGACUGUCACGGGGGCCUACUUGAGCGGGGUGCGUGAAGCAAGCAAGAUCGCCGCCUCUUGACAGCAGUGCGGCAUGCUGGGGCACUGAUGCUCCAUAGAUUUUUCCAGUUCCCUGCAAUUCUGCUAUAUCUUGUCGGGAGUAAAAGACAUCGAUACAAGGUAUCCGGGUGGCUCAUAACAGGGUCCUCAAGUAUAAACGGUCACCAAUGCAGGGAGAGAACCCCAAUCAUAACAACAGGUGCAAUUGUACUUAACUGCCAUCCUCGUCUCUUGAGUGUACGUCAGUCAACGACAGCUUUACAGCACUCGGUAACCUGCACAGAUACAGAGCGACACCUCGUGGCUUGUCAAAAAAAGAUCAAUGGAUGAGAAAUAUUCCACGUCACGAUAGUGCUACCUUCCAAGCUUGUUCCCCUGUGUACAUUAAUCUUUAAAAUAGUGAUGGUUUCUAUAUUUUAUACCAGACACUGGCACCACAUUGGGAUGUAAUUCAUACGAACGUGCUUUUUAAUAUACACGAAAUGCAUGGACACAUUUAAAAAAUCUGAUUUACACCUGUUACAUAAACCGAGGUAUAUUAGUCCGUCUUUUUUUUCUGGGGCAGGGUUAAUAUUUUGAACCCAGAAAAAGCAUGGACGUUUACAUGAAUUACCGAUUGUGUUUAUCACAAACUAUUUAUAUGGCAUCACCGUGCCUAAGAGGCACACACUGCAGUUUAAUCAACUUUAAGCAUAAAUUAAUCAGCCUGGGCCACGAUGAACUGGGUUGAACCCUGUUGGGUCCGUGACGCUUAAAUGCACUCCUCAUAUGAAUUGGAGCAUUGCCUACGCAUUGGUAGUCUGGCUGCAGCCGCUGAUGUGACUAAUGUACACUUACUAAAGCACUGACAUCCGUCUUGUGGAGUCUGGAAAACCUGGUAGUGCUGCUUCUUUUCAACGAUGAGCUGACAGGGGAAUUACAGUCUUGAAUUUAUUCCAAAUGUAACAUCAAACUAUUUGGAGCAGGAUUGAUCCUUAACCUGGGAAUGGAAAGUCACAUUGAUGCAGUCAUACUUGGCUAGGAUACUCAAUAACUUAGUAAUGACUGCAACACAGGGGGAGGAUCUCACCCAUUUUGUAAAUAUACUUUUUCCGUCGCUGUCGUCUCAGUGUCCAAACGGAUCACCGCUUGCGCGAAAUUUUAACAGCCGCAUUUGUUUACAGCGGAUGGACUUCAAGCGGUUUAAACAAAUUGUAUGUUGAAUAUCAUCGGCAGGAAUGCAUCGGAGGAUGGGGGGUUUAAAUUAACAAAAAAACAGUUCCCCGACAAUGCCAAACAUUUCUUGGCAAUUAUUAUUUUAGCAUUUGCCUCCCCUGUCCGACAGAUUGAUGGAAGGUUUUGCACCCUUCAACUCCCCAAGUGUUUCCUUUCAGGUUGCCCCCCGGGCUUGCGUCUUCCACCUUGAAAUGUGUGUUUUUGGAAGAGCUUUAGUUUUAAGUGUAAUUUAAUUUAAGAUGUAUUAUUGCUAUAUUAUUGGCGUCAUCUAACGGAGUUAUAAGUGAGUUAUUUAUUAUUGUUGUAAAUUAUAUCAUCAGCAGAGCAUCGUACUUUGCCUUACAGCAAUUGUAAUGUUUAAUUUAAGUACUUGCUUUGUUUUUAAACUAAAGGAAGCCAAAGUGUAAGAUGCAUCACUCCACUCAGUUGGGGAGACAGGACUCCUACCUGAAACUAGCCCAGGUUAUUGCAAUUCUGUACACACUAUGCAGGCUGAGCCACUCACAACAACAGCUGCAGUUCACUACUAAGUGGCGGUGAUGUCACUACUGCGCUUGUGCCAUGCUCGGUGCAUUUUGAGGCCACGUGAAGUAUUGAAGGCUCACUGGCAGGAGGUCACGGAACAGACCCAGGUGCCAUGGGUUGACUGGGAUGACUGGCAGGUGCACAAUUCUGUGCUUCCCACUGUGCCAGCUUGCUGUAUUUUAGCCGCCCGGUGCUCCGCUCGUUGUUGUGAGCGUCUCCAUACUACACAAAGACAAAGAUUCCCCUUAUAGCCUUGUCAGACUGUUGGGGCAAGUGCUGUUAGCGAUCACCUAUGAAGGCUGGAACGGUACACGAGCAAGUGCGGCCAGCACCACCGGCAACCGCCGUUGUGAGCGGGAAUCUAACUCGGGUCGCCGGGUUCGUAGCGCAGCGCGCUAACCGGGACACUACUGCUCCAUACAUACUAUGACACGCACGCGCACCCGGUCUGGUUAAUGUACGUGAACUUUUAAUCGGUUCACCCUACAAAAAAGUGAUUCUCUUCCUGCACCAUCUCUCCUAUUAGACACGACUCAUGCCCGUCUGCCUAUCAGUGCCCCUCUAUCGUAGCUUACCAGUAAAUUUGCAUAUGAUGAGCCUUGCGUGUAAUUCUCAGACACAAACUGCUAGCACCAUGCUCAUUUAAAAUAAUUUACAGAUCCUCUUAACAAGUAGAGUGAUGGUCCUCAUUUAUUCACCUCAUUUUAGGCUUACUGUGUACCUCGCAUAGGGAUGUUCUGCUUUUAACACAUCACACUGUUAAAAUGUCCUACUUUAUGUGACAGCGUAUACAAGAAGCGCCUAAUUUGUUUUCAGUGAGACCUGGAAAGUAUGGUCUUGAAAUAAUAUGUGCGCGCACACAAAGGGGGGCACAGUUGCAUUAGCUUGACACUGCAAUAUAGCAGUUUACACGUACCUCGCAUUCAUAUUGACUGUAAGGCAUCUACGUGACAUAUCGCAAGCAACCAUGGUGGUGGUUUGUGCUCAUUGGCUUUCCAUCUAGAAGGCGGCUAUUUGUAAUAGACGUUCUUCUUCCACGUAGGUGCACACACUGCUUUGAUAAUGAGUGAACACUGUUAUCAUCCGGACAUUUAGCACUUUGAGCCUGCUCUGAGCAAGUCUUACAGCAUUGUGAAUUGCAAACCUUCUUUGUUCAAAGGAAAAGCAGUCUGUCAGGGUUUCAUUCCGUGCGGAUCACUCAACCUGACAGUUUACGGUAAAUUAUUACAGUUUCUCACACGAUAGGUUUCUUCUUCUGCGAGUCAUGUGCUCGUUUGGCAGAGGAUUAAAAAAAGCACUUGUUUAUUUGUUUGAACCGCUUUGUAUUUUUAAUGAAUUUUAUAGUUCUGUAAAAUAGAUGUUUUUACAUAUCUUAACUGAUGGACAUGCUGGAUUAUUUGCGUGUGUAUAUUUUAACGGGAUUUCCUGUAAAAACCACUCACGGUUUAAUGAAUUCAACUGGACGGGGGCCCCAUCAUAAUUUUUUUUUUUACAUCUCACAAAAAAACUCAUCAAUUUUAGAUCUCGAAUUUUUGCAUGUGCCUCUGGCUGCCUUGAGAUGUAGGGAUGUGUUACCUCCAAGCCUUAUUAGCUGCACACAAAUUCCACAUUUCCAAUAACGAUCGAUAGUUUCUUCUCACUUGUUCAGUGGGGAAAGUGAAUCUACAAGUAGCCAUUGAUAAACAUGAACUUCUGUGUGCAGCCUUUAAGAUGACCCCGGAGAUGCCACAAUCCCUGGCCUGUUGUUGGUAAUGAAAGAUGUGUGGAUAUGCAGUGAGCGAAUGACGACUAGAAUUGGGAAUGUGUGAGCCGUGUUUUUUUUUUAUUUAUGUUAUUUAAAUCUUGACUUAUUUUAACACGAGAGAAACUCAGAAUGAAUAUAUGGAUGAGAGUUAUCGAAGUGAGGUGCGGUCAGACCUGUGGAUAUUUAAGGUGCUCCUGGUGCUCUUGAUUUCAGAAGAGUUAUUAGCUCCAGUGUCCCUGCUAAAAUGUCAUUACACAGCUCAUAAUUCAAUAAUAUUCAUCUUGGGUUCAGCUAAAUUUCACCCAUAUGGAUUAAUUUAUAAAAAUGUGCUGUUUCUGUGUCGGGAUUGCAUGAAAGUAAAACAAGAUGUAUGCGUCUCGGUGGAUAUGUCCAGUGUAAUUGUGUUUCAAAAUAAAUACCUUAACCGCAAAAUGAUUUAAUAUA